GUGAUGUUCCAAGUUGAGCAAUUGUGUGUUUUUAUGCAGCAAUUGUUUGUGCAAUUUAACCUUGACAAUCAAGCAGAUGUUUUAUUCAGCAGACUGUAUCCAGUUCCUAUGUCUUCGAUAAUUUGCUAUGAAUAUUUUACUUUUCGGGAUAAAGUUCAUUAUAGCUUGUUUAUUUAUUGAGAUCGAAUCAAUCCCAAAUGAAGCCAAAUUGGACAAGCCCUAUUAUGACGAUGUUUCACAAGAUAAAAAGAUAGAGUAUCAGUUUGCUCUUUCGAAUCGUAGCGAAUUUGUCAUUCGGAUACAUUUGGUCAAUUAUAAUCCAAACUUAGAUUAUCCUAUAUUAGUCGUAAUCAAACAAGUGCAUAAUGUGAUGUCAUUCCAGGUGCCAGUGGUUCUCAAUUCUAUACCAGCAUACGGGAAUGUUAGUCGCACACUUUGUCCAAUUCAAGUUCCUUCCGGUGAAGUUCGAACACUCACAGUGGAAUUAUCUAACGCUAUGAGUCCACCGAACAAGGUGCGGUACAUGUUUCUAGCUGAAUUACUUCAUGAUUUUGAUCUACAACCAGGUGUAGAGAAAACUAUGCUGGUGUCACCUGCUGAACCUGUCUAUUUGCGAUAUAUUUACCCUGCGGAGAAGAAUUCAGCGGAAAUUAAAGUAGUUUCCAAAAGUGAUAUAUGCAUGGUACUGUCUAUUCAAAAACUUCAGUGUCCUGUUAGUGAUUUAUUUGAUACUGUGGGAAACACUGGAUUACAUCAAACUGUUACUACUCUUGGUGCAGUAUCUGCGGAUGUGACUCAGUUCCCCAGGGGAUUUUUUGUUGUCCUUGUCUUGAAGCCAACAGAUUAUGCUUGUUCUGGUAUGGAAAAAAUUAUUCCAGUAUCAGAUGAGAAAAUACGCGCAUACAACUCACAAAUUCAUCUUCCUGGAUCACGAACGAAAUCUGUUCAAAUUAUAGUCAGAUCUACUCCUAGAAAAUGGCCUUAUUUACUGCCGAUACUUGGAGCUGUGGGUGUUUAUUUACUUUUCUACAUAGUCGCGGUUAUUCUUAUUUUCUUAUAUCAAAGAGCAGAAAGACGAAAGCAAUUUUACAACGAGGAGAUCAUAAAUUUUGAAUGUGGUUCAACCUGUCCAACUGUUCAUUCCAUCGAUUCACCGAAUUCUGAUAUUGCUCCUCUGAACACAACAACAAUAUCUUCAUCACCAGCUAUAGCAACUUGUUCAACAGUCUCGUCAAGUACAAUUAAUCCAAGAAUAUCAGCUAAUUUGGUGAAGAGAAGACGUAGAUUUGAUUAUGGCAGUACACUGAAUUCAGAUAAUAUUAUACAAAAUAAUCUUAAUAGUCAUAGUCUACAAAUUCAAUCCAUUCCCGUUGUUGAUUCAGCUUCAUAUGAAAAUCAAGUUCUAUACGAUGCUCAAUCGAAAGUUUCACUAGAAGAUUUGAAGAAGGCAGCUAAAAGUACAAGGAAUAAAAAACCUACACGUCCAGCUGAUUCUACUAUUCCACAAAAUUCAUCUAACAGUAUUAGUAUAUUUAGACCAUCGCAUACUGGUAUACAUCAUCAGAUAUUAAGUUUACCACAAGAUUAUCAGAGUAUCGCGUUAACUAAUUCAGUGGAAUCAAAUAUUUACUGUCGUAAUUCUUCACCUCAUCAAACUCCAGCAGUUGAAACACAAGGUUUUCAUGGUUGGUUCAGUUCAACUGAUGAAGAUGAAAAUGAUGAUCCUAGUGGGAGUAAUGAAGUGGGAUUAAGAAGGCAAAAGAAACAGCAAACAUGCACUAGAAAUUCUAGCAGGAAAACAAUGUCAUCGAAUUUAGGAUAUUCUAAAAUGGUUGGUCAGGAAAAUCCGACUAUAUCACAGCAACCAAUUGCUGUAAUCUCUUGUAAUAAUAAUAAUAAUGAUACUAACAACGUUAGUAAUAAUAAUAAUAAUACUCGUGGAGGUAAUAAUGAUAAACAGCAAAGAAAUUUAAAUGAUACCGCAAGCACUAGUCUGACUGAAGAACCGAUUGAUAUGAAUUCAGAACUUGUUCCCAUGUACAAAAUGAAUGUUCUGUUAUAUGUAUCUGAUCUCUCAAGAAAACGAUAUGGAACACUAAAUAGGAAAUAUUUACUAUAUUUCUGGUAUUUAAUUAUUAUAUCCAUUUUCUAUGGGCUUCCUGCAGUCCAGCUGAUCAUGACAUAUCAGAAAGCUGUUUUUGAGACUGGCAAUGAAGAUUUGUGUUAUUACAAUUUUGAGUGUGCUCGUCCACUUGGUAUCUUCACAGCUUUCAAUAACAUCAUUUCAAAUAUUGGUUAUGUCAUGUUAGGAUUAUUAUUUCUAGGCCUUACUGCACGACGUGAUAUCAUUCACAGACGAACAAAGAAUUUGAAUCCUAAUUCUCAGGUAUUAGGUAUUCCACAACACUAUGGACUGUUCUAUGCGAUGGGCUUAGCAUUGACUAUGGAAGGACUGAUGAGCGCCUGCUAUCAUAUGUGCCCAAAUUUUUCAAAUUUUCAGUUUGAUACCGCCUAUAUGUAUAUACUUGCUAUGUUAAUUAUGCUGAAAAUUUAUCAAACAAGGCAUCCAGACGUAAAUGCAUCAGCUCAUUCAGCCUAUAUGGUUAUGGCUGUCGUUAUUUUUCUUGGUGUUCUGGGUGUUUUGUAUGGUAACCAAAUAUUUUGGAUUAUUUUCACUAUCUUCUUUUUGAUAAUGAGUGUUGUACUGACAGUGGAGAUUUAUUAUAUGGGCCAAUGGAAUAUUGAUCUUUGCCUACCAAGACGUAUCUAUCACCUAAUUCGUACCGACGGAAUAAGUUGCUUCCGUCCAACAUACCUAGAGCGUAUGCUUCUUUUACUUAUUGCCAACUUGGUUAAUUUUACCUUAGCCGGUUAUGGUAUAGUUCGACGGCCAAGGGACUUUUCUACCUUUUUACUAUCGAUUUUUAUGAUCAAUUUAUUGAUGUACACAUUUUUCUAUGUGAUUAUGAAAUUACGACAUCGUGAACGCUUCCAAAUGCUAUCUUUAGUGUAUAUCUUGUUAGCUUGUGUUUCUUGGGGCUGUGCAAUAUAUUUCUACUUAUCACGAACAACUACGUGGGAGGUAACUCCUGCUCGCUCUCGUGCACUUAAUCAACCCUGUGUUUUAUUGGAUUUCUACGAUGCCCAUGAUGUUUGGCACUUUUUAUCUUCCAUAUCUAUGUUCUUUUCGUUUAUGUUACUAAUGUAUCUUGACGAUAAUCUUUCAAAGCGUCCAAGGAAUCAAAUUUUUGUUUUUUAAUUCAAAUAACACUGUGAAUUGUUAAUAAUAAUAUUGUUAUUAUUAUUAUUAUUACUAUUUUUUAAAUCCUCCUAUUUUAAAGUAUUAUAGUUAAUAAAUUACUUAAUGAUCAAACACUUACUUAUACAACACUGUCAUUACUUUAUAUACUUUUGAUUGAUUUAUUAUACAUACAUAUUGUUGUAUUCUUUCUGGAGUAUAAAACAAACACACAAACAGAUUUAUACACUUAUUCACACGCAUACACACUCACACACACGCACAUUGCAGACACAAGGAAACAGAUUAUAUUGUGUAUAACGUUUUGUCUGCUUUUUGUGUUAUUCGUCUCUUCUAUUGUUGCCUUUUAUCUUGACUUAAUUUAUCUUCCUGUUUUUUUCUGCGUUUGAUUUAAUGAAUCAUCUUUUUUUAAAGCAAACAUUUGAAUACA